UCCUGUUGGUGUGGUGUGUCCUGGGAGAAGGCCUCGUGCGUGGCAUUCGCGGGAGUUUUGGAAAUAAAGUUUGUUCCUGCUUGAGUGGCUCAUGAUUUUGUGCCCAGACAGACUGCGGCAUUUGGUGGCCCAUACGGGGAACGCCUGAAUCUUGGGGGUAUAAUCAUCUGAAAAUGAAAAUUAUAAUUUUUCUUGGACUCUUGGGAGUUACAUUUUCAGCCCCGCUUAUCCCACAACGCCUUUUGUCUGCGAGCAAUAGCAAUGAGUUACUUCUGAAUCUGAAUAAUGGUCAGUUUUUGCCACUACAGCUUCAGGGCCCAUUUAAUUCAUGGAUCCCCCCCUUCUCUGGCUUUCUACAACAGCAGCCGCAGGCUGGAAUUCCAGGACAGCCGCAGCUCUCACUGUCAACUCUAGACCAGUUUGCUGGACUAUCCCCAAAUCAGAUAUCUUUCCCCAGACAAGUCGGUUUUGCCCAAGGAGCUCAAGCAGGCCAGCUGGGCCCCUCACAGCCUCAGGCACUGCCACAGACCCAGCAGGGUCCUAAUCACAGGAUGAUGCCCUAUGUAUUUCCCUUCAAAAUGCCUCAAGAACAAGCACAGAUGCUUCAAUACUAUCCAGUGUACAUGCUCCUACCCUGGGAACAACCUCAACAAACAGUCACUCAGUCACCCCAACAAACAGGGCAGCAAAAAUUUGAGGAACAGAUACCAUUCUAUACUCAAUUUGAAUAUAUUCCACAACAAGAAGAACCUGGUGUACCAGGAGGACAACAGCAAUUGGCUCUUGACACCCUCUUAGGCACAGCUCCUGAAACUGUUGUGAUGCCAGGAGGAGGAGUGCUACCAUAUUUACAGAAAGAAGUGAUAAAAUUUAGACAUGACAGUGCAGGAGCUUUCAUGCCUUCCACCUCACCAACACCCAGCAACACCAAGGCUUUUGCUUCUGCUCUAAAUCCAACUAUUGCCUCAGUGCUUCCAGAAGAGAAGGCCAAGACUGAUAACCUAAGAGAACCAUAAGAUGUUGUUUUAAGCAUUCAGAAAUUUUGGAGAAAAUGAUGCAGCAGUGCCCUGGAUGUCAAUUUAGACUAUUAGCUUCCUCAAUGCUAGUAUCAGUGCUUUGAAAUGUGCAAAAUAUCUUCACUUUUCUCCUGAAUUUAUCCUACUUACAAAUGGUAUUGUAGUAUUUAAAUAUGUUAUUCAAUUAUGCAGUAAGUUCUAUAUUCACAAAACUUGAUUUCUUUUCAAAUAUUCUAUCAUUGCAUAAUCUGAAGUAUAAUAACACGAAGAACAAAGCUAAUAUCAUUAAAUCAAUUGGAAAAUUGUAUUAAUAAAGGAUGACUCUGAAAAAUUGUAUUAUCCAUGAGAAUAAAGAUAUACUG